CAAAUGGCGGACGACGCCGGUGGUAGAGGAGGUUUCCGUGGGGGUUUCGGCGCUGGUGGCCGCGGCGGCCGGGGCCGUGGACGCGGCAGAGGCCGUGGCAGGGGCCGCGGUGCCCGUGGAGGCAAAUCCGAAGAUAAGGAAUGGGUGCCAGUCACCAAGCUGGGCCGCCUGGUUAAGGACAUGAAAAUCAAGUCCCUGGAAGAGAUUUACCUGUACUCUCUGCCCAUUAAGGAGUCUGAGAUCAUUGAUUUCUUCCUGGCGUCUGGUCUGAAAGACGAGGUGCUGAAGAUCAUGCCUGUCCAGAAGCAGACCAGGGCUGGUCAGCGUACCAGAUUCAAGGCCUUUGUUGCCAUUGGUGACUACAAUGGUCAUGUGGGUCUGGGAGUGAAGUGCUCCAAAGAGGUGGCCACAGCCAUCCGUGGAGCCAUCAUCCUGGCCAAGCUGUCGAUUGUCCCUGUCAGGAGAGGUUAUUGGGGUAACAAGAUCGGUAAGCCCCACACCGUGCCCUGCAAGGUGACUGGUCGCUGUGGCUCUGUCUUGGUGCGUCUCAUCCCUGCCCCCCGUGGUACUGGCAUCGUGUCUGCUCCUGUACCCAAGAAGCUGCUCACGAUGGCUGGUAUUGAUGACUGCUACACCUCUGCUAGAGGCUGUACCGCCACCCUUGGCAACUUUGCCAAGGCCACCUUUGAUGCCAUCUCCAAGACUUACAGCUACUUGACCCCAGAUCUGUGGAAGGAGACUGUCUUCACAAAGUCUCCCUACCAGGAGUUCACUGACCAUCUGGCCAAGACUCACACCAGGGUGUCUGUACAAAGGGGGCAGCCUGUCCCACCAGCAACCUCCUAAAUUUUGUAUAAAGAAUUGUUGAAUAAACAUUCUGAAACAAGUAA